CACCUCACAGCCUCUGUGAUGUCACCAUUUUACAGCAACUGAUAGUCCUACACCAAGAUGAAGUGCUCUUGCCUAGUCCUUCUCCAUCGGACUUUUUCUUCAUAAUACUGUAAGCUGAAUGGCAGGUUUGGUUGGGACUUCUUAAUAUCUAUUUUAAUUGUAUUCCUCCUAGGAUGUUUUGUUUCAUGGUGGUUCACCAGUCCAGAAGUGUAUGAGGCAGAUGUGCAUACUAAUAUAGUCAAAUUUGCUUUUACCAAAAUGUUCCCACCAAGGCUCAGUUAAUAAUAAGAAAGUAAGACAAAGAAAGGAAAGGAAGUUAUAAGGCAGGAAAAAUACCAAGAGAUUACAAAGCCAUGGCUUUAAUAAUGGAACUGAUUUGGCAAGCUUGCUCUUAUACAGUCUAUCCCACACCACCUACCCACCCACACAGGACCACAGGUUGGGCACAGGGUACCAUCUACACUGACCCCACCUACAACUCAUAAAAUAUUUUCUUAUUGGCCCUAUGCUGAUUUGAGAUGUAACAUGCACAGACAGAAUAGAGAAAAAAACACAGGCAAAUGCAUUUAUUUGAGAAAACACAUAUUCAGUUAUAUAUUGUGCUAUUUCAAAUUGUAUUUCAUAAUAUGCAAAACUCAAUAACGCAAAGCAUGUUUUCAAUAUUUUCCACAUUACCAAGCUUGAUUCACAUGGAAAAGGAUAAACUGCAUAAUUACAUCUUGAUUUCUAGUAUGCAAUUGUUGUACAGUGGAUUUGUGUAUGCUUUUUCUACAAAUCCCCACUGAAAGGGAGGAGCCAUUAGGAUUGCAAUCAAAGGCUACAAUCCCAACCCCACUUAUCCAGAAGGAAUCCCCACUGAGUUCAAUGGGACUUAACUUCUGAGUAAACAUGGUUAAGUUUGUGCCGUUAGAGCAUUCGCUCAUGUCACAUACCUGCAGAAACCUACACCUUUCAGUUACUGCUUAUCUACAAGGGUCUUUUGUCUUUAACAGGUUAUUCACCACCAAACACUUUCUUUCUAUAUUGCUAAUUGCAAAAACGAACAAGCCGUAUUAAAAAGGAAAGUUCUUAUCAGUCAUAUUAGAAUACGUUUCGUGUAAUCACCAGUGUGUAGGAACAUCCCCAGAUAUUCCUAAUUUAGCUUUGUCUUUCACCAUUGCACUGACUUCUGUAAUGGAACAAUGAUAAAUCUGCGAGGCUUCCUUAAAUUCUGCCAGAUGCUGCUCAUAGCUCUCAAUGCAUGCUACAAGGUGAUCUCUUUCCACUGCUCCCAAUAUAGCAUGAAGAAUUAUGUCGAUACCCAGCCCCAGAGCACUAAUGGCAAUGCCUCCCAGAACAGAUAACCCAAUCUGAGCAAGUAGAGCAACUAGUUUGUUAACAGUAACAGUUACAAUAUUCGAACACACCAAUUUUACAGCUACUAUACCUGCAGAUGCAGUAGCCUCUCCAAGAAUAACAGAUACAAUCCUGUGAGCUAUUGCAAUUUUUUCCAACUCAGGCUCCUUGAUAUCAUAAAGCUUUCGGUACAUCAGUGGCUCUAGCUUUUCCUUUAUUUCUUGAUCAAACUUCCAUACCUCUUGCUGAAUAUCAGUCAUGGCUCGGAUGAUGAUGUCACAGUUCUCUUUGAUGGUGCCGCCCUCUUUCAUUUUAACGUGCGCAAUCUUGGCUCCCAGAUGUUCAUUCAGUGCUCCAAUUAGUUCAUCGGUAGCCUUAAAAUUCAGCUGCAUGCAGUCAAGCAGUUCCUGGUGCAGAGCAAUCACAUCCUGGCGUCUUUGUGGAUUGUUUGGGUAGAGAAGGUCACUGAGGCUCAUUCUGCAAAGAUGAGCUGAUUAUAGAAGAGGAAAGUAGUUCUGCUGUGAGCAUUCGGAAUUGUGGUUAGGGAUGAUAAACUCAAGGAGCAGAAGUACAAUAAAAAUACUCGUAAAUAAAAUAUUGGGAGACCACUAACUGAUAAAACAGGAAGCCAACUCAAAAUUAUUAAAGCAAUGUGCAUGCCAUUGCUACUUCAGUUGAUUCUUUUUUAUUUUUUCUAUGUUAAGUGUGAUCCUCUUUGCACUGGUAUUAAGACCUUUCUUUUUCCUCACCAGCAAUUUUUUUAAAAAUUGGGAGGGUAGGAGGUGUUAUUGGUCUGCUUUUGCUGUUGGCUUUGAUUGUACUUUAGUAAUUACUAACGAUAAAGUUAACAAAAAUCAAAUCAGUGACCAUAAUCUCCUUUAGCAGAACACAAAGAAAUUCUGUAGCAGACUGAUGAAGAAGAGAAAGGCAAAAGGGUCCUUCUAUGGAGGGGCGGGGGGUCCAGUUGCGGAUAACUCUGGGUUUGCCCGCUCAUCUCGCUUUACUGGCCGAUGGAGCCAGCGUACAGCUUCCGGGUCAUGUGGCCAGCAUGACUAAGCCGCUUCUGGUGAACCAGAGCAGCGCACGGAAACGCCGUUUACUUUCCCGCCAGAGCGGUACCUAUUUAUCUACUUGCACGUUGACGUGCUUUCGAAUUGCUAUGUUGGCAGGAGCAGGAACCGAGCAACGGGACCUCACCCCGCCGCGGGGAUUCGAACCGCUGACCUUCCGAUCGGCAAGCCCUAGGCUCUGUGGUUUAACCCACAGUGCCACCCGCUCCCCUCCAAUGCAGACUUACUUGAUACAUUAAUCCUAAGUGUCCUGUGUUCUUCAGUUCUUCUUCAUGGAUUCUUGUUGCAACGCAACCACACAGCACCACCCGCUGGGCAGAUUUUGCACUUGGUCACACAUAGAUAGGCAUGUUGUUGGGCUUUUCAUUUUAUUCUGAAAGAGGAAGAUUAUAUUUAUUAUUCAGCAAGUUGUGUCUACAAGAAUUCCCUUGCAGAGCUAGAGGCACCAAUAGGCGGCCCAUGACACCAUUUGGUAUGUUGUCUACAUUUUCACCAUGCGGGAGCUUCAUCUGCUGCCAGUGGGGAAUUUCAGGGCUGAAGUGGCAGAAACAGAAAAGCUCCCCCUAAGAUGACUACAGUGGCUGCCUCAAGUCUGUUCCCAUUUGUGCUGGGCAGCACCAAGUUGCUGGCUGGUAAUCGGAGAAUGACAAGGUACAGGGCAGUUUUUAAGCGUUUCCCAAUGCAGCCACAUUUAGCCACAGCCUCAAAGUGCAAGUAGAUAAAUAGGUACCACUCCGGCGGGAAGGUAAACGGCGUUUCCGUGUGCCGCUCUGGUUCGCCAGAAGCGGCUUAGUCAUGCUGGCCACAUGACCCAGAAGCUGUACACCGGCUCCCUCGGCCAAUAAAGCGAGAUGAGCGCCGCAACCCCAGAGUCGGUCAAGACUGGGCCUAAUGGUCAGGGGUCCCUUUACCUACCAAGGUCCUAGAGGUUUUAUCCCUUCACUGCUAGAGUGAAAAUGUUUUGACAUCAUUUUUGUAUUGUUGUGAACCACUGUGAUACAUUUUUUAAAAUGGUACACUGGUAUAUAAACAUUUUUUAUAAAUAAAUAAAUGACUGGAUUCCCAGCAAGUGGAGACAAGUAGGCAAAUUAAAUGGAAACUCACCCCUUCUUGUCAGCCGUGAGGACUCUGCCAAUUUUACCAUCAAAUGAGACUUGUCUUCUUAGCUGAAUGCUGGGCUCAGUUAAUAACCAUCACUAAAUAUCCAAAUCCUUAUUAUCAGUUUCCCACCAUCUCAGUACCCAUCAGCAUCACGCCUUGCCCAACUGCCUUGCCCAUACAAUACAAAUUGUUUAUGAAGUUCUCUUCUCACAUGUCGGCGAGACACAAUUAGCUUGAGGGUUUGUGCAGAGUGCCAUCCUAUUUUGGGCUCUGCCUGUUGAUGGUAGGUGAAUGCUGACUCCUACUUCUGAUGCAGCUUCCUGGCCUUGCAAUGCUAGCUCAGCAUUAGGGGGUCACAAGGCCGCACUCAUUGUGCCACUGACUUACUUAGUAGGCAGAAACUCAUAGAAUCAGUCUGCAGGUCCACCGAGAGUAUUUUUCAGAAGCUGUCAAAAUGUGAAUUCAGCAGGGAUUUCUAACUCGUGAUACAUUUCUGAUGUUGAGCAAGACCAAACUACAGAUUAAAUGAAACACAUUAUAAAAAAGCAUCCUUAAGCUGGCACAUUUAUUUUGAGCCUACAGUGGAGGGGCUCACAGCAUUAACGCCCCAAGCAGCAGCCUUAGAUUCAAGCAGAAAACAAGUACCUCUCUCUGCGCGUCUGUCUAUCUGUCUGUCUCUCUCUCUUUCUCUCUCUGGCUUCUGCUGCUUCUUGCUUCCAGCUCACACAUCCCUAAACUUGGACUUUUGUCUUUAUAACUACCAGCCCAAACUGUUCCUUUAAGUUUAAAGCUUUCAGUUUGCAAGUUCAGCACAUUUUAUUGCUUAUUUGGUCAACAGGGCUGGCGGAUUAGUGCUGAAAUGUUUAUUUGGUGAGCUUCCGUUCCACAGGAGGUGGGGGUGCUGAAUUGAUGGACUUUUCCCAUUUUGUUUUCUCUUUCCAUUAUAGCAAAAUAGUAAACAGAAAGCUUUCAGGAAGCAAUAACAAGAAACUUUGCUGAAUGGCACUUGCAUGUGAGUAGAUCUUGGUUGUGGAGAAGGGCAUUCUUAGUUAAAAGUAACACUGUAUAACAUGCUACACAGGAUCUCCAUUUUAAUUCCAUUGACAUCUGAUUGUGGAAAAGAAACGGCCUCAGCAGCACUAGAGGCCUCCACUGUGAAAACAACCCCCAUUUUCAUCUUCUGACAAAAGAAUGGCCGGCAUGCGGGAAUGCAUUUCAAUAUUAAACCAAAGGCCAGAUUCAGGGCUGGCGCUGUUUCCAGUUUGUUCUAUAAUUGCUAGUUCAAAGUAAAAAAAAAAUAAAUCACAGGGAGUUUAGUUGCUGAGAGCGCAAUCCACAGGACAGGGAAGGUAUGCAGGCAGUGGCAGAUGGGUGCCGUGGUUUGAGAUCACAAGCCUUUCCUGGCAUUCCUUCAGGCCUUCAUUGCUACUUGAUCUUUUCCAAAACCCUUUCCCCAUUAUCAGUUCAUUACACCUCUCCCCAUCCCUACACUGGCCAUCUAAUAGAGGAGACUCCCCACUUACGUUGGGGUUACGUUCCGGGCCCCCACGCACACUUGUGAAAUGCAUGGAAGUGAGGAGCCUCUUUGGAGCAGAGAACGGGUGAUUUAAGAGGCAUCCAAAAUACAGUACCGUACCUUUUUCUUCUACACUGUACCUUUGCCUCCAGAUGGCCAGAAAGGACAGGGAACAGUGCCUCUGAGCCCGCUGCAAUACAGCUUCCUGCCCAACAGCUGUGGAGCAGGGUAGCAGGCAACAGCAGGAGCUCUCGUGCGCCGUUUUAGAGCCCAUAAAUUCUUUUUUAAAAAAACAGACACACACAGUAAAAACCUUUGUUUUGGACUUUGGGCUCACUGAGAUCCUCUUCAGGCUCUGGGGAGGGGCUCCUAACAAGCCACAAGGACUUUCCAGCUCUCUCCUGCCAUUUCCGGGUUUGAAUUGUUUGUUUGUUUGUUUGUUUGUUUGUUUGAUCGAUCGAUCGAUCGAUCACCCAGCGCUGCACAUAUACGAGGUUGUUUGUGAGUCGAUCGUGCAUAAGUGGGGGGAUUUCUCUAUACAAUCUAAGUCUUUUAGGCAUACUGUUGGCAGCUGACACUAAAGAAAUGUUUAAACAGUAGUUGUACUAAGAAAUACUGAGGUGAGCAAGAGGAGCAGAGCAGAAGCUAAAGUAGAUGCGGAAGCAGCCAACCAACAGUUCAACAAUUUAUACAACUAUAUAUUCCAAUAGAGUAUAUUCCAUGGGCUCCAAAUAUAGAAAUAGGUUUUCAGAAAUAUUUUAUGUACCUAUUAGUAGCUGUAUAAUAGUAGAUUUUGCUUCACUCUUGACUUUUUAAAUUACCGUAUUUUUCGCUCUAUAACACGCACCAGACCAUAACACGCACGUAGUUUUUAGAGGAGGAAAACAAGAAAAAAAAUAUUCUAAACGAAACAGUGGAUGUAUGAUUUUUGUGGUUCAUGCUGUGGCCACAGACAUGUGAUCUGACAGUGAGUUUGGAGUAGCCCAAUGCAAAACUCCUAGGAUCCAUGUGGAUCCAUGCUUUGUAACCACGUUUUUGCACCACUGCGACCCCAGGCAACAGUGGGUGCGUGAUUUUUUUGGUGCAAGAUGUAGCCAUGGACAUGCUAUGUGAUCUGAUGGUGAAUUUGGGGUGACCCAGUGCAAAACUCCUGAGGAUCCAUGUGGAUCCGUGCUUUGUAACCACGUUUUAAGUGGGGAGGGAAGGAAAAGCACUCAAGGGACAAGGAGCACACAUGGGGUGUGUGGAGAAGGAUGCUGCUAAUAAUGCUAUUUAGCGAGCUGAGUGGGGAGGAGAGAGGGACAGAGAGCCUGCUUGCUUUAAAGGAGCCAACCGGACAGGAGCCGCUUACACUCGUGUAAGCGGCUCCUAUCCUCUCCCGCUUUGCUCCUUUAAAGCAAGCAGGCGCUCUGUCCCUCUCUCCUCCCCACUCAGCGGCUCUUCUCCCGCUUUGCUGUUUCAAAGCGAGCCACGGAGGAGGGAAGGAAGGGGAACCAUGGAUCCUCUGCUCACAACUGCAUCCCCCCUGCCACCCAUAGGCAUUCGCUCCAUAACACGCACAGACAUUUCCCCAUACUUUCUAGGAGGAAAAAAGUGAGUGUUAUGGUGCAAAAAAUACGGUAAGUGCUGUUCAUGAGAUUUUUGGAGAUACAUGGCUGACAUAACAGCUUUUUAAAAAAUAUUUUUAAUUACAUAACAUAUUUCAAUUUAAACAUACCAUUCACCAUCACAUUUUGGAUUCUCAGAAUCCCCUGACUUCCCACCACCCUUUUCUGGUUUUCGUUGUCAAUCCCUAUUUCUUUCAGCCUAUCCUUUUUUUUCUAAUUUGUUAAAAAUAUUAUUUAUUGUUUUUCCAUUGUAUUUUGUAUAUUAUAUUACUCUAAUCCUGCCAAAGUUUUUAGUUGUUUACAGUUUUCUCUUAAAUACAUUAUAGAUUUUCCCCAUACUUUCUUAAACUUCUUCUCAUCCUGGUCUCUGAUUGCCCCGGUCAAUUUCGCCAUUUCAGCAUAGACCAUCAUCUUCAUCAGCCACUCUUCUCUGGUUGGAACUUCAUCCUCUUUCCAUUUCUGGACCAGUGGUAUUCUCGCUGCUGUCAUCGCAUACAUGAAAAGUAUUUUCUGCUCUCUCAGAAUCUCUGUAUCUAAGAUACCUAAUAGAAAAGCCUCUGAUUUUUUCCACAAAUGUUAUUUUAAACAUUUUCUUCAGUUCAUUAUAUAUCCUUUCCCAGAAUGCUUUUGUUACUUUGCACAUCCACCACAUAUGGUAGAACAUGCCUUCUUUCUCUUUACAUUUCCAACAUACUUUAGAAGCAGUUCUAUACAUCUUUGCUAAUUUUACUGGUGUUAAGUACCAUCUAUACAUCAUUUUCAUAUAGUGUUCCUCCAACAAACAUCACGCUGGUAAAUUUCAAAUCUUCCUUCCAUAGUUUUUCCCAGGACAAAAGUUGAAUAUAACAGCUUUGUUGACUUUCUUCUGCUGAGCAUACUUUGGUUUGUAUUUCAGUGUGAUAUCUCCCUUUUUGGAAAUGCUGGGCAAGUUCGGUGCACAGAAGGGUGAGGAAAGGCUACUCAAUGCCAGCCGCAACUUGUACGACUGUGUCUACAUGUUUGUUUCUUCCACCAACAUCGCCUUCCGGAUGCUCAACCAGUUUCUGGGAACUGACCUAGCCAUCAUUACAGUAAGGGAAAACUUGAGCAUCAAAGAAAACCUUCAGCUUCUGAUGAGUGCUCUGAAAGAGAUGCAGGAAAAAGUGGAGGCCAAAGAUCAGGAUAUCAAGCAAAAAGUCGGCCUUCCACUGUAUUCCAGUAUUGUGUUGCCUUCCACCUCCACAAAUGAAAAAAUCAAGCUGAUAAAGGACCUUUAUGGGAAAUAUAAGGGAGUUAUUGACAAUAUCAGCGGUCCCGUUUCAGCAGCACUACUGAAAAAUGGCAAUCUCCCCGAGAUACUAGACGCCGCCAUUCGGGAUUUAACAAGCAGUCCUGUUCUCUCUCUCAGAGUGGGUGACCUUCUCAUGACUAACGAAGAAAUUGCCAAAGCGCUUUCAGACGCCUGCCCCACCUCAUCCCAUGCAGCAGCUGCAGCAAUAGCAACAGCCACACGAACAAGGACUCAGAGCCAACCAGUCAUUAACACGGCUUUCUCACUUACUAACUUCAUGCGGGUAGCUUUUAAAGGACAGCCACCUAGUAAAACGGUUGAAUUAGCGGCAAGCACCCUCGAAGACGCUGUGAAGAUCUUGAAGCCAGCUUGCGAAAAAUUCCAGAGGACUGUGAAGACAGCUGAAGAGUAUAUCACAUUGAUAGUUGAUAAGUUGCAGUGAACCUGAAGCUGAUUGCCCAGCUGGUAGAAAACCACUUCUGUUUACAUGGCAGGGAAGUUGCGCAAAUAAUAAAGGGACAGUUUCUGAUUACAGCAUCUGCA